ACGGCUCUGUUUUUUGUAUUAAAAAAAAAAAAGAAAAAAAAAGGGUCCAAGUCUCCAAGAGGAGAAUAAAAUCAGAUUCAAUGCGGUCUCCUGAGAUAGAUGCUGAGAGCAUUCAGUUGCGAAUGACAGGAAGGGGCUCUUGUCGGCUCACUCCUCUGCUUUGUGGCUUGGAGGCUCUUCGAGUAGCGAAAGUGAUCGGGCCCUGUGGGUCUCACCUCGGAGAAAUGUUUGAGGACAGAUAUCAAUUGUGGACUUUCAGUAGGACAGGGGAGAGAGAGAAGGAGGUCACCAAAGAAAGGAAUGGCCAAAGUAGAGGAUUGAUAAGCUGGAAGAUUUUCAAGUCUGGCCGGUCUGGGAGCGGUCAGCCAUCUCAAGGGAGCGACUCUGCGCAGGACGAUGACAAUGGCAGCGCUGACAUUGUCCAAAUUUUCAAGCGUCAGAUGGCAGCACGGAGAAGCAAGCAGUUAAGAGCUCUACGGGGGUGGCGUCUUGGGUACAGCAUUUACCUCGAGUUUGCAGACGUGACAGUGCCGAUUAUCUCUGCUGUCAUCUUGAAGAUUGGCAAUGUGAUUUCCUAUUUGCUUGUCACAUUGAUUGGGCGAUCACUGGGCCUAAUUUACAGAGGUGUGAGGCAAAGUCUGCGACGCUCGUGAUAUGGAAUUAGCAAUGAUUCUCACUUUCUCCGCUGUUAAAAAACACUCCUCCUGCGGACACUCCUUUGUAUUACAAAAGGAGUAUGUCCCUGUUAUGUCAUUAAUUAGGCAAUUUUGACCCCCAUUUAUUUGAAAUUAUUUCCAAAUUUGCCCCGUCAUCUGGCCAGUGUGUGUGUGUGUGUGUGUGUGUGUGUGUGUGUGUGUGUGUGUGUUCUAGAUUUUCCCCACAACAGCCCCAAUUCCACCCAGAUGAAUACAUUCAGAAUCAAAUCAGUCUUUGUCC